CGGGUGCCUGUCGCGCGUUCUGUUUUCGUUUGAUUUCCUUCCAUUUGGCUUCGUUCUCACCUGUCGUCCUGCUGCUCCCACUCACUGCCUUCUCCGCCCAGGAAUGCAUGGCCUGCGUCCAGAGUUCUUUCUAGCGUUGCUGCUGCAGACACCCUGGUUACGUAUACAUCCCGGAUAGCUUCCUCCCUCGCCCGCCUGCACUCCGCGUUCAUUCCUGCGUCAGACGAUAAUCUGCCUGGGCUGUCGUCCCUCGAGCUCCCGUCCUGGCCCUCUGACCUGACUCGGCUCCCCCCGCGGGUCUCAUUGGCCCCCAAGCUUGUCCAACGUUUCAUUGAUCACCCGUAAGCAAGCUCGGGCGCCCAGGCCUGCCCGCUAAGAGCCCGCCUCAUGGUCCUGCGAAAGCGAGCUCCGCCACGCCUUCACAGCCUCACCCUAGGGAAUGACCGUUCAGGCACCCGCGACCCCCUUUCAAAAACCUCCCCGACUUCUAAAUCCCUGUCCUCCUCCUCCCCCAAGCGUCUGACCCGCCCGAGACGGGCCCAAAGCUCCCCUCAUCCCCACCGGGUCGCUUCCGAGGAAUCCAUCUUCUCUCCUGACCUCAACACCUCCCCGGCAUUCGACCUGAUGCCCCUGGAACAAGCCCAGAGGUCGCCGAUCCGCAGCUCGGCCGGCGAUGGGUCCAACCCAUGGGCGGACGAGCUGACGGAGCGGUUCGGUCUGGGCCCGCCUGAUGCGGUGGGCUCACACCAACCUGCACCCGAGAAUCCUGCGCAAACGGAUAUGGCUGGUGACAGAAGAGCAGAGCAGGUGCCUGCCAUCGCGAUCCCUCGCGCCCAGGACAGACCCGCGGCGCAGGAGUGGCAACCUGACCGGCGAGAGGGACAUGCCGACUGGGAGUACCUGGGCCAGUCGCCCGUGCAGCUGCAGUCGAACAACCCGUUCCUCAAGCCUAGAACGCCCGAUCCCAACCCAUGGCAGGAGAGGAACUCGCGCUUAUCGUAUGGAGAGACGUCAUCUCAGUCGCACGAUGGUGCAAGUAUGCACCUUGGACAAGAUGAGGGCUACAUCCCGAUGACGGCGCGCUUGUCGCUUUUUGAUCAACCCGAGGCAGAGUCGCCGUGGGUGGGCGAAAAUUCGACUUCAGCACCCCCGACGGCAUCUCUACCAGCGUACGCAUAUCAUGGUGCGGAUCAACCGUAUUCAGACCCAUCGGCCAAUUACCAGGGUCCUGCGAAUCCUUCAGCCGCCUCUUAUGAUACUCAUCUUCAACCUACACAACCACUACAUGCUGAAGGCAGACACUCUCCGGCAAAAAGCACGAGUACGCCAGGAACUAUCUCCACCAAUACAACCGGGUCGUCUCAUGUCCUGAUUGAGCUGGACGAAGCGCGUAAUCCGUAUGCAGAGGAUGUCCCGAAGAAAACGUCUCCGAAUUAUGAUUCUGUAGCUCUCCCUCCGCUACCACAGCAGGAAAGGCCUGGCCCGCCUUUGCCAGAGCGUCCUGAUUGUGCGGAGCCUAGUCCAGGCCACCCGCGGUCAGCAUGGAGUGCACCGAUCUCCGAAGCAGAGGCGAAGCGACAACAAGAGCAACGAUCUGAAACGUAUUCGAUCAGACACGUCAACUGGACCGAUGGCACGGGCAACCUCCGCGAGUCGCCAAUGCUGGUCCAGAACAAGAAUGGCCCAUGUCCUCUUUUGGCGCUUGUUAACGCCCUCGUUCUGCGCGCAGCCAGCCACGAUUCGCAACCCCCCGUCGUGAGAGCGCUGCAGACCAAGGAACAGAUUUCUUUAGGGUUGCUAAUUGAGGCCCUCUUUGACGAAUUAACAACACGCUUGGGGCCCAACGACGAAUUCCCCGAUAUCGAGGCCCUGAGCCGGUUCUUGACCAUGCUGCAUACUGGGAUGAACGUCAACCCCCGACUUACUCUGGCAUCAAAUGAUAGCGUUGGCACUUUCCUUGAGACCGAAGAUAUCCGGCUCUAUGGCACAUUCGGAGUGCCACUUCUCCAUGGCUGGGUCGCUGAACCGUCUACGGAAGCCAAUGCGGCUAUGGUGCGCGUGGCCCAGUAUCAUGAAGAUAUCCAGCUGCUUCCUUUCCGUAGGCAGGAUCUCGAAGACCGUGUCUUCCGGGGCAACUCAUUGACUCCAGAGGAAGAGAGAGUGAUGGCCGAUAUACACACCAUCGAGCAGUUUACCGAUAUCGAGAACGCAACCCAACUAAGUACCUUUGGCCUGAGACACUUGCUCACAAAGCUUCAACCCGGGUCGUUCUCAAUCCUCUUCCGCAAUGAUCACUUCUCCACCCUGUACAAGCACCCCCAACUCAACCAGCUCUUCACGCUGGUCACCGAUGCCGGCUACUCCACCCACGCGGAAGUGGUCUGGGAAAACCUCGUGGAUGUCACCGGAUCCGACGCCGGGUUCUUCGCAGGGGACUUCCGCCCCGUGAGCCAUAAUACGUCCCAGCAAUCAGAUCCUUCCGGCCCCAGAUCCUCAAGCCACACCGGACGCACGUCCUCAGCACCACCCGAGCCUCAGCGAAACAGCACCAUGACACCCCAAGAACAAGCCGACGCCGACUACGCCUACGCGCUUUCCCUCCAAUACCAAGAGGAAGAACAAAGAGCCCGCGCCGAGAACAACCCGACACGAAACUCGCGAUCCUCCCUCCCCUACCCACCCUCCGAAAUGCCUCCUUCACGCACCCACCCCCACAAUCGAUCCUCCAGCGCUGUAAACAACACCAACGGCAACGGCUCUUACGCCGCAGUCGCAGGAAACCGCUCGUCGCGCCAAAGUCAGCGUCCCGCCCGAUACUCGCAAUCCCAUCUCGACACUCACACGGCCCGUCGCACAGCCGACGAUGACGAUGUCCCUCCCCCGUCCUACGAACAGGCCGCCCGGACCCCAGUAUACCCGUCCCCGUCCCCGCAACGCAACCCCAACACCACUUUCUCAGACUCGCCCAGUGGCUCUCCCUACCAGCGAGCCCAAUUGGGCCGACGCCCUCCCGGCCCUCCUCCCAUCGCCACUGUGCCCGGGGAACGCGUCAGGGAUCGCAACAAGGACUGCGUGGUCAUGUAAGCUGACCUAGCCUGACCCGACCCCCUCGCUACAUGGGCUAGUUAUCUUCAGGACAGCUAUAUCGGCUGAGUCAAGCUCCUGACAAGAACCUAUCACGACCGGACAACGACGACAUAUACGACACCAACCAAGACAGACACUAACGACAUCAUCAUCAUCAUGUAUUCUACAUAGCCGUCACCUGCAACAGGCGGAUUUAAUGCUUCUAUCCUACCUAUCCUACCUACCCUGUGAACAACCAUCUUCUUCCCUCUCUCUCUCUCUCUUAACGACAUUGCUACGUGAACCAGACCUUUACUUGGGAUUCGGGAUGGGAUGGGCGGCGUGGUACUUCGCAU